CAUCUUUUCCAACUUAGUGACCAAUUUUGAUUGUGCUAUUCCAAAAGAGUGACCAAUUUUGAUUGUGCUAUUCCAAAAGAGUGACCAAUUUUGAUUGUGCUAUUUCAAAGGAUUAAAUGACUGCAUGUGGCAACUGGAUCAUCACCUAAGAUCAGCUAAUCACACGUCAUGGUGUGUCCUUAAGAAUGUGUCACAUCCAUCACGCUCAUCAACUAGUAUACUUCAAAUGUUUGAGUUCCUGUCAUGUGGUCAGUAAGUGACCAUGCCAGGGAAAAAUCGACUUCGGACAUCAGCUCGAAAUGAAGUCAUUGCGUGACCGCAUUGCACAAAUUUACUACACCCAUGGUUUGUUCUGUUCCAGCCACCCCAUUGCCAUUAUUGUUGGGGUGAUCUGUAUUAUAGGUUUGAUAUGCUAUCCCUUGACCAACCUCCCACUACCCGGCAAUGUUCCACUACACUUUGAGGUUCCUGUCAACGAGUACAAGAACGAUCCAGUCUCGACAACUACAACGAAGAUCAAACAUGUGAAGGAGGAUGACACCAAGAAGCCACGCUGGCUUGUUGGGGAGUCUGUUGGGUUUGUGCAGCAGAUUGUUGUCAAGGCUACGGUAUCUCCAUGGAAACCUGAAAUCUUAAUACCCACUGACGCUUUUCGUGGUCCUCUGGGAAAAGUUUAUGAAAUACUGGAACAUAUAGAAAACUUCAAAUAUUCUGAUGGAGACCAGGAGUAUGCAGUUUCUGACCUGUGUCUGCGAGUAUCGGAGACGUUGUCCUGGCACAAAGUCAAACACUUCCUUCCAGAAUACAGCUGUCUUAUUCUCUCCCCUGCUAACAUCUGGCAGAAGGAUCCAAAUAAAUUCAGCACAGAUGCAGAAAUUAUCAAGACAAUUUACAGGAAGUUUGGCAACACAAUUGAAACACCUCCCUCUGUUAAAGAUGUACUCUUUGGAUUACCAUGGAAACAAACCGGUGUAUCUCGAUACUUUAUUCGCAACAGACAGAGAACCAUUUCAUAUGCUAUCACCAUUAUUAUAAGGCAAUAUAAUCCCAAAUUCAUCAGUGCCAUGAAGAAGAGACUGGAAUCUCUUUACCCCGAGACAAGCAAGAAUGUAAACAACAGUGAGGUGGACUUUGUGGUGAACGUGCACUACCGCGACAUCAACUACUUCGUGGAGUACACGCCGCUGCUUGUCACAUACUUCGUUCUCCUCAUGUACAUCUACUUCUCUGUCAGGAAGAUCGAGAUGGUUAAAUCUAAAAUUGGUCUUGCCGUUAGUGCAGUGUCUACGGUGAUAGCUUCUCUCUUUGUAUCCGUCAGUAUCUGUGCUUUCUUUGGACUCACACCAACACUGAAUGGCGGAGAGAUCUUUCCAUACUUAGUGAUAAUAAUUGGACUGGAGAAUGUGGUAGUGUUGACCAAGUCUGUUGUUUCCACUCCAGUACAUCUCGAUGUCAAAGUUCGAGUCGCUCAAGGUCUCAGUAAGGAAGGCUGGUUUAUUACCAAGAACCUUGUUACCGAACUGGCUAUUCUUCUUGUCGGUUUCUUUACCUUUGUUCCAGCAAUUCAGGAGUUUUGUCUGUUUGCUGUGGUGGGUUUGCUGUCUGAUUUCUUCCUGCAGAUGGUGUUUUUCACCACAGUGCUGUCUGUUGAUAUCAGGAGAAUGGAGCUGCUGGAUCUUCACAAGCAGAGCAUUCAUCAGGUUGUAGACAGUGAGCCAUCUGCUGAUAGCAUCGAGCCGCUUCUACGCUGCCCCAUCAUGUCUCGGCUCCCCCCACCCCCACCCCCGUCCAAGCUGAACCGAUCACGGUCCGCGCCCAGACUAGACGGUCAGCAGGUCGGCCAUACGGGUCUAUCGUCACCAUUGUUUCCAAGGCAACAACCGGCAGACGCCUUCUUCCAGAACCUGGAGUUGCCACGGAGACUGAAGCUGUUUUUCUUCUGGGCAAAAACCAGAAUCUUUCAGAGAAUGAUUAUGGUGUGCACCGUAGUAUGGAUUGGCCUGAUCCUGUACAAGACCGGCCUAGUGGACAAGCUGACGAGUCCCGACAACACCGGAGCAUCAAGUGGCCCGUCGACGCCGGGGUUCGGACAAAUGGACAAGAACAGCCUGAACGCCGUGGAAGAAGCUCUGGGUGGAGACCGGAUGUACGAGGAGGCAUUGGGCCCUGUGGAACACACCAAUGUACAGCAGUGGCAGAACCUCUACUUCAAACACUGGCCCAAGCUGUUCGCUUACUACAACAUCAGCCUAUGGGGCAGAUACAUCACAAUUCUUCCAUCCAUUCACCUGUCCAUCAUCAUUGACCCCGAGGCGGCCGUCUCGAUCCGUCACCCAUCCGAGAGAAACUACUACGUCUUGCCAUCCGACAUCCCGCACCCAGCUGUAGACAACCGCACCUCAAAGGACCAAACCGUCCCCAAGGUCAAGGACGUGACCUACCACAUUCCGUAUUACAUGGACCCAGAACAGCUGAAGCAGUUCUACCCACGCUCGCGGAAGGAGCUGGUGAUCACUGUGUGUCUGGGGUUCCUCAGCGUCAUUGUGAUAUCGUACUUCAUGGUCGUGCUGUACAAGUGCGUGUGUUCGAGGAACUACUCGAAGUGGCGGUCCUCGUGGUCGAAGCGGGGGCGGCGAAGAAAGGGCUACAUCAAACAUAUCAAGGAGACCGUUCCUUUGGUGUUGAAGGGACACAACCAGACUAUUGACUGUGUAGUUACUGAUGGCCCUCUGGUGAUCAGUUCCUGCUGGGGAGGACAACUCCGCAUUUGGGACUCAAACACCGGAGAGUGUAUCACGUCAAUCUGUAGAAAAAGGUUUGUGGUGGAUAUCAUCACCCCUCCGCAGAAACGGAAGCCGUGCCUGGGUAGAAACAUCGAAGACAGUGAAGCCGAUCUGUACGAGGAAUACCAUGGCGACAUCAACUACAUGGAUGUGAAAAGCUUACACGACGAGAAGGUGAACAAAAGGAAGACGUUCUCCGACAUCAAGCCAGACCUAACGAGCACCAUCAACACGGACUUCUCAUCCAUAGAACCGAGAUUUGUUACCUCUUCUGGGGACCAGAACAGUGGGAAGGGGCAGGGGUAUGAUUUCCAGGGCUGGUUCGAUGGCGUGUAUGAGGAACAUUGGCGCAACGUGGCCAGCGACGCUGCCAGUCACGAUCGCCGUCUGUACAGUGCCGGGGACUCGCAGCGGCUGGAUGACGUGCAGUCCUCCGAAGUCCAGGCCAGAAACAGGAGCUGGAGUGCAGGUGAUGCUGCCAGUGAUAUUUGUGAAGAGCUGUACGACGUGUCUGCGGAAAUCUGGUGCUUGGCUUGUCAAGAUGGUCUGGUUGUAGCAGGCUGCAAGAAUGGACACAUUGAGUUUUGGGAAGCAGACACCGGGAUACUGAAGGGCCAGUAUGAUUCCAAUGGGUCCUCAGUGAUGGGACUAUGUAUUGUGGGAAACAGGGUUGUAGCAGGACGGCUUGAUGGGACAUUAGAUUUCCUGGAGCUGGAGACUUUUAGAAAUCCAGUGUCUCUUUCAGUGCCGGCAGCUGCACCAACUCGACAAGUUAAAGGUCAUUCCCGGCACUACAGCCACGGUAGUAAGAUAAGCGGGGAGCUGAGACUGUGGGACGAGGUGAUCCACUGUAACUGUGUACAGAGCAGCCAGGCUCACCAGCAGCCCAUCAACGUUAUCAAGACAGAGGGAGGGCGCGUCGUUUCGGCCAGUCACGACCACACACUGAAGGUAUUCCGACUGGAAGACUGUUUAUGUUUGUACACGCUUCAUGGUCAUGUCAGUAAUGUGACAGCUUUAUGUCUCGACAAGUGUCCACCGUAUGCUGCGGCGAGUGGUUCUGCCGAUGGGUCAGUACGUCUGUGGGACCUCCUCACGGGUACGUGUGUGUACGACUUCAAGGGUCACGAUGGGUCGAUAGUCACCUUGACAGCCACUCUGCACUACAUCAUCAGUCUUGGUCUCGAUGACAAGAUCUGUAUCUGGGAGCGCAGUAGAGGACAGAUGUUGCACAGUCUAGAAAUGGAACAGUGCUGCAGUUUGUCCUUGCUUACAAAUAACUUGCUGGUGGCAGGAGGACAGGGCAUGAUCUAUUUGUGGGACUUGACGAAAGGUGAGCUGGUGAGAAAGGUGAAAAUUGAUGAUUUGGACAAGGCAGCAUUUGUCAACCAUCUUCAGCUUGUUGGCAACAUGGGCGUGGCUUGUGUUUUGGGCACUGACAUUAAAGUGGUCCAUUUUCCUACAAUACUUGAAAAAGCAGAAUAACUGUUGUAUUAAAAGAAAGGAGAGAAAUGAUUUUUUUUUAUCCCCCCUACAUCUUUGUAAUCCAUGAAGAAACCUGUAUUUGCUGCUAUGACAUUAACAAUGGAUCUUUUAUGUGCACUUUUCCUCAGACAGGAUAGCACAUACCAGAUUUUUUUAAUAAACUAGUCGUGGCGAGAUUUAGCGUAAUAUGUAGAGCUCUUGCCUGAGAUUCAUGGUUGUAAGAACCAUUCUCUUAUUGUUUCCCUCCUCCCAACCAGUCUCAUGAUUGGUGUAUAAAAAAAGGUCAUGGUUUGUGCUGUCCUGUUUGUGGGAAAGUGCAUAUAAAAAAUCCCUUGCUACUAAUGGAAAUAUCUAGCAGAUUUCCUCUGAAGACCGUUUCAGAAUUACCAAAUGUUUGACAUGCAAUAGCCGUUGGUUAAUUAAUCAGUGUGCUUUGUGUUGUCAUUAAACCAAACCAAAUUAACUAAAGACUGUCUCAGAAUGAUAAAUGUUUGACACUGACUAGCUGAUGAUAUUUAUCAGUGUGCCCUAGUAGUGUUGUCAAACAAACUUUAAGUUACUGGUUAACAGCUGUGGGUCUUUUAUGUGCCCUUUAGCACAUACCAAGAUUCUUAAUAGACCGACCAUGUAGCUAUGGGGCCAGUUGUUCAAACGCCAGUUAGCUUAACCAGUGGUUAAAAGACAUUUUCAAAAUCGAGGACUGAAUCAUUGCAAAUAAUAACUGAAAACAUAAUGUUGAAAGCUGCAUUCGAACAACCAAAGAUAUCCGUACAUAAUCAAAUUUAAAGUUUAUUUUGUAAUUGUGCACCAAAAAUUAAAAGGAAAAUAUUAAGUUAAUCCAGGGUUAAAGUUAACUAUACUUUGAACAACUGGGCCCUGGUUGGAACAGUCAGGGAAUCGAUCCUACAACCAGUGGCACCUCGGGCAAGUGCUCUGCCAUGAAGAUAGAACCUUUUCCCUUUGAGUGAUUUUAAAAUACAGCAUGUUUUCAUAAAAGCAUACUCCGUAUAUAUUGCAGAAUCAAAAUGGAUAUAUGUUUGGUCUCUAGUUGUUGAGUAAAGUCCACCGGUGUCUUCCUCUUUUGUGAAAAGUUUAUUUUCAUAAGCGAUACAUUUACAGUCAUAUGUUCAUGUGGUAUUUAUUAAAAUCUUCUUAUCGUAUAAUGAACAAAUGUGAUAUGUUUUCAUGAUCAUUGCAGUUACGAUUUCCAAGAGGAUUAUUUAUAACUGCAUAUAUUGCAUCCAUAUUUAGUAGUUAUAGAUAAUAUUUUGUUAAUUUAUUUUGUUAAAAAUCUGCAUUACAGAUCAUCCAAGUGUAGUUAUAAUAAUUGGGCUUGGCUAAUAUAUAUUUGAAUAAUGGGUAACCAUUAAUAUGACUCGAACAAACUGAGAGAAAAAAAAAUCUUAUAGUUUCCGUUUUGUUUUACGCCAUGAUGAAAUUCUCCAUUUUAUAUGGCAAUGUAAACAAAUAAAAAGACCAAUUUUAUUUUAAACUGUUUAGAAAAAGAGUGCAGGAAUGAGAAUUUUGUAAGCGGUACAGUACAUUAGUUUUUUUUAUUAUUUGUCUCCUACCGGUCCUUCUGUCUGUCUGUCCCACAUAUAGUUUUCCAGACUGGAAUGUUUUGGCAAUGACUCCAGAUAUUGACAAAUUUUGUGUAUAGCUUAAUCAUGCACUGUUACAGAUCAAAUUUGACUUUCAUAGCAAUUUACCUCUUGACCCUUGAGAUACGAACAUUUGUUGGGCUCGGUAGGGGACAUGUAUACUGCUUUAGCAGUACUCUCAACAUAUUUGUUAUUAUUAUUUUAAAGACCUCUAAAUACUUUUUAUAAAUUUGCUAAUUAAUGGUAGUCGUUAGUUUGCUAGUGAUUGGAAAUUAUUUAAAUUAUUCCUGUCUAUUAUCAUUUUUAAAACAUUUAACUUGAGUGUAUUUAUUAUAAAAGUUGUACACUUUAUGUAUUUAAAUGGUUUGAUUUUAUGAUGCCAUCUAUUAAUAAAAAACAAAAACAAACAUGCAAUUUGCUGUAACUGAACUGAUCAUUGUAGCAGUAAGUUAGUAAGUAAGCAGUUUAAUUUAUUACUGUUUUGACAACCCCUAUCCAUGAAUUAUGAUAAAAACAAUUUAAUCAGUUUAGGCCAAACAAAAGUACAUUUCUGGUCUCUGGUCAGCCCGCACGUCGAUAUUGACCCUCGCGCGUCAACGUUAACAAAAAUAAAUUCCUGUUGUAUGAUGUUGAUUUUUUCUGGGCUUUUCUUGCUAUGAUGUAAAACCACAUUUAGAACCAAAAUGCCAGCGCGCAUGAACUAGGACAUGCAUUCCGAUUUCUAUUUAAAUAUACACCUUAUUUCGGUAUCAAAUAUACCCACCUUUUCUUCGCAAUCCAUUCUUAAAAAAGAAAAGCAAAAAAAACCCACCCAAAAGCUGAUAAAUUCUGAAACUUAGGUCUGACCAGAGACAGACUAUUUUUUUUUUUUGGUUUUCUAAACCUGUUUGCCAAAAUGGAUUCUAACCACUAUAUUAUACAAAUAAUUUUAAUUGGGGAAAUCCCUCAAGAUCACUAACUAUAUUGUGACAGUAGUCAUGAUUAAUGUCCAGAAAGCAUUGUGGCAUUAUAUUCCUACACCAUGAAAGUAACUAAUUAUAAUAAUGAUUGAUAUAUUUAAAAUUGAUAAAAAAAACCCCCACAAUAAACCACUAAUUUGAAGACUUAAUACAUUUUUUCUAUCUGAAAUGGAAGGCGAGUCCAUACACUUAAUUUUACUUAAAUAUUAUUAUGAUUUUUUUAAUCUUUGAUUAUAUUUUCAAUUGUUUUUACUCUUAUUUAAAAGUGACUUAUUGCUUUUUGCAAUUUUUAUUAUGAAUGAUCUCAUGCCAUUGUUUACAUAUACCACAGGUAUGUAUAUGACCAUUUAGUACGGUGCACUAAAUGUUAGUACCUGGUACAUACUUGGCAUUAGUGUUCUGACAAAUAUACCCAUUUCCUUUUCUUUCUUUAUUGAAAGAAAUAUUUAUUUACACUACAGUAUAUAUUAAAGACUAUGUCUGUGUGCUUUAACAUUAAUUAAUAUACAAUCAUAUAGAUAUAUAAUAUAAGAAAUAGAGAUACAUGUGCAUGUAUGUGUUAAAAAUCAGAAAUUGUAACCAAAUCAGGUAUGAAAAAUUAGAUACGCUUGAAGGUGCAGAUCCUGGUUUCAGCCCGUAAAAAUGGACACUGUUUAAAAAUAACUAGAGCUUGUCUCGAUAACCAUUACUUCUCAGACAAACGUGCAUUUUUAGAAUGAUCAAAAUAACCAGAACCACUUCAGGUGUACGGAAAUUAAUAUUCUAAGUAAUAAAAUGUAAGUACUGUACAUCUAAUUUAAAUUAUAAAAACUGUUUUAAUAGUAAAAAAAAAAAAGUCAUAGUGUUUAAAAACUAGAGUCCGUCACCUUAAAGUUGUCAUGUAUUGAGAUCAUUGUUAAACUAUACAAUUAUAAUUAUUAUACCUUUUUUAAACUCAAACUAGUCGAAUAAAAAUAAAGUUUAAAUUUAUAAAUAUGAUUUUUUUUUAGUAACAACUGAAAAUAAUACAUACAUGUAUUUAUUGUUCUGAUCAUUGUAUUGCAAUUAUUUUAUAGCCAAAUAUGUAAAAAAAAAUUGAUUCUUACACCAUUUCAACAUUUUGUGGAUUGCAAACAUUAUUGUCAAAUUCAAAAGAUACAUAAUGAGGGCCAAAUUUUAAUGACACAUCCAUAUUUUCUGAAUGUUUUAACAGUUUGUGGCAUUUUCUCUUUUGUUUACAAAAUGUAUGUGAUAAUGUAUACCACCGUUCAUAAAUCAGACGUUCACUUAUAUUAUUUAUUUAUUUACAAAAAAAUUAAAUAUGAAAACUGAAUGUAUAAUACUGUGUGCACACUGAAAGCAGUUUGAAACUGAUUUCCCCAAAUAUGUUUCAAAUUGCAUUUAGUGUUAAUACUGGGCAACUGAGUGCAUUUCAAGCCAUUCACACUGGAAUCAUUUUAGUGACAUCAUCAUGUUAUCCAUUCACAGUUUACAGUCGAAGUCAGCAGCUACACACAUCCAGUGCAUUUUCAUUUAAUCCUAUUAAACAAGAAACAAAGAUCAUUACAUUUUUGUUGUACUGUUGUUCAUGUAUCAUUUUUGCGAAAAUGCACAUUUUUGGGUGGAGCUCUCUAGUGUGACAUUUAACCAGUGAUAAUUAUAAGCUGCCAGUGUGAACAGCUAAACCAUUGAUAUAAGCUGCCAAUGUGAACAGCUAAACCAUUGAUAUAAGCUGUUGAUGUAAGCUGUCAGUGUGAACAGCGAAACCAUUGACAUAAGAUGUUGAUAUAAGCUGUCAGUGUGAACAGCUAAACCAUUGACAUAAGCUGUUGAUAUAAGCUGUCAGUGUGAACAGCUAAACCAUUGACAUAAGCUGUUGAUAUAAGCUGUCAAUGUGAACAGCUAUACCAUUGAUAUAAGCUGUUGCUGUAAGCUGUCAGUGUGAACAGCUAAACCAUUGAUAUACAUGUAAGCUGUUGAUGUAAGCUGUCAGUGUGAACAGCUAAACCAUUGACAUAAGCUGUUGAUGUAAGAUGUCAAUGUGAACAGCUAAACCAUUGACAUAAGCUGUCAGUGUGAACAGCUAAACCAUUGAUAUAAGCUGCCAAUGUGAACUGGGUCAUUGGUAUUUUUGAUUCCACUUAAUGUUCACGCAUGGUCCUGAUGGGCCCAGCUGGGUUGGAGGAAGUGUGAACAUGGCACAAGAAGUCUUUUAAAGGAAACUGAGGCCUCAGAAAAUUGCGAGAGAGAUAGUUUCGUUCGCGUGUCGCUCGCGUAAGUAUAGUUUUAAAUGGGUUACUUGAAUUUGUUUUUGCAUAACCCAUAAAUGGUUUACACAAAAGUUUAAUUCUCAGAGGCCUGAAACUUAAUGACUAAGUACAUGUACUUAAAGGCAUACUGGCACGGAUUUAAGGACCUUAUUUCUCUAAAAAUGGAUCAUAAAUAAAAAUUCCAUUAAUUGUUGGAAAACAAAUCUGGCUAUCGCAUUACUUUAACUGAACCAUGAUGGAAUGAAAUCCAUGUCAACCCUCUCAGCAAUUUUAGUUUUUGAAUUAUGGACCAUUGCCAUAAUUCAAUACUUUUUUUUUACAAAAUAUCAUUAAUAAAUGGAGUAUGGUGGUUAUGAAGAUGGUUGAAUGAAGUACAUUUAGGGACAAAUCAAAUAAUUUUUGUUAAACCAUUAAAUAGGUCAGUGGUCUGUGACAAUAUGCCUUUAAGAAUUAGUAUUUUAAACAUAACUUCGUAAGUUUAAAUUUAUCUACUGGCCUACAAAUGUAUAUGACCAAAAUGAAAAAAAGGUGUGUAUGCAGACAAACAUCGUGCAUGUAUAAGUAAAUCUUUCUUUCUUUUAUCCGUGUUUGGUGUAAACAUGUUAACAAUUGCUGCAAGGCCCAACAAUACUACAGACAAAACUACCACCAAAGCAGUGUUGCAGAAAUUUUAAUAUCAUUUGAAUUGGUGUUUUGAUUAUAAAAGAUAAAAGUGUUCUCUGCUGAAAUACAGUUGACUUGUACAGCAGUAUGUGUAUGAAUGUCACACAGUCAGACCUAUAUUAAGCAGCCAUCUAAUGAACUUAAAUAAGAGGUUGUGGUCUCUUAAGCUGGUGGCUUAAUACAGGUCAGUUUGUAGUUUCAAUAAGACAGGUGACUGUUUAAGCAGGUUUUACUAGUGUAUGAUCAUGUUUCAUGCGAGUCUGACUUGAAAAUGUUUGUGUAUGUGAUCAUGAAGUUACGUAUCCUUCCUGUAUAAUACCAAUAUGGAUGUAAUAUAUUUAUUUACAGUGUGUAAAAUAAAAUAAAGUAUUAAUGAUU